GAUUUUUUAGUAAAUAAAAAUUGUGCCAAUAUAAAAACACAAAAAAUCCCAUUUAUUUUCCCUUCCCAUUUCUUAUUAUCUCCCAGGGUCAAAACGGAAAACUCCUAGUGGAAAUCGCGCAUGAUCGUGGAAAAUCUGGGACGUUUGUCGAGAGUGAGAACGACAACGUGACAUUGGCCUAGAUGGAACGAGCGUCCCCGUUUCGUUUCCGUAUGCAUUUCUGCAAGCUCCUCCAUCCGUAAAACAUCACACCCCCAAAAGCCAAAACAUAAAGAUAAAUCAAACUUAAAAAUGGCUUUGAUUAAGGGUUUUAAAGUAACCGAUUCCGAGCGAAGAAUCCGCGUUGGAAUCGCCGUAAAAACCCUUUUAGAAUUAACCCAAAAAACGAAAGAAAAAUUUAAGCUAAAAUCUGAUUUGGAGAUACGUUUCCAAGCGCCUGAUGGAACAAUAAUUGAAUCGGAAGAUUAUUUCGAAACGCUUCAACCCCAAACGUUGUUGAUUUGGGUGAAAGCCGGUGAAAGGGCACAAACUGACGCCGAGAUUUUAUAUCGCACGAUUCGUGAGGUAAACGAAGAGUAUUUAACCGCCGGGGAGAAAGUCCAAGAAUUUUUCACCGAAAAAAUGAAAAAUAAAGUUUUUAAACUCGCUGAGUUAUUAAAGGAAGUUGAAACCGAUAAAACUAACGAAAGCGAACGAAAACUCCACCCGGAAUGGUUCCAAGGUUUGGAUACGACCGCAAAAACGAAGGAAGAAUACAUGUUUCGGAGGGCUCAGGACCGCGUACGUACUUAUUUUUACCGCACUAAAGACGAGUUAAUUAAAAAUCCGAUGUCGCAAUCGGAAAAACUUGGCUUCUUGCUCAAAGAUCUCCAAGAGAAACUCAAACAAGUCAAAUUUUUCGGUUGCUAUUUCGACCGGUCGGCCACCAAAAGCAUUUGCGAUGAAAAAGGUAAUUUUUUUUGCGAGGGCCGCUGGGAUAAACCCUGUUGCUUAUACAUCCCCGUUCACUCAAUCAAUCCAUAUAAAAGCCCUGAGGAGCGAAUCAUUUUUCAAACGUGGAAUUUAGACCACGCCAUUGAACGUACCCGAUCAAUUAUUCCAAGCAUUAAAGAUGCUUUGGUACAUGAUGAUAAAUUAAACGGCAAAAAGAAAAAAAUCAUCGAUGUCGAAAGGAUUUUUGAUGAUUUAUUCACAAGAAAUAACUUAAAAUUUGUACAUAUCGUUUGUCAUGAUAAAGGGGCUCACGACACUAAAGCUGGUCCUUAUUUAAUAUAAAAAAAAUUAAAAAUAAUGAUAAGUGAGGUUAGAAUUUGACUCAUGUGAAAACAUGUCAAAAUAUAAUUUUUAAUAAUCAA